CUCGGAUUCUUGUUUACAACAUAUUUCGAAGAUUUAAAUGUAACCCAAUUUAACAAAAGUUACAAGAAAGUUCUUGCUGCACAAAAAUAUGAAUGCUUGAAUCCCAAGAAGAUUUAAAAGAAUACGGGAAAAAAAUGUGAUUUAUCGUCAAGGAUAUGUGGCUGUUUAUCAUAUAUAAUGCAACUUAAGAUUAUGUGAAUUACCAGAGAUAUUUUGAUUUGAAUUUCUAAGUUAUAUCAAUUAAAAUGUCUCACCCAGCAUACAGUGAAAAUGGUUAUAUACCAACUUAUGGAAACCCUAUUCAAAAAGUCAAACGAAAUUCCAGUUUAGAUGCUAGAGUGGUCCAGCAACCUUAUACCUUUGUUCAAAAUGGAGACCAAAUUUUUAACAGGCAGUCAUCCUUAGAAAUUGAUGGUGUUGAAAACAUGGACACGAAUGAUGAUCAUUUAUCUAUCCAGGUUGUCAAUGACAACUCAGGGUUUGAGUCUGAGGGUGUAGAACCAGGCAGUCUGUCAUCUGGGCACCAGUCAGGAAUUAAAGCCAAACCUGACUCAUUACAUAGACCAAAACAGACCGAGCCAAUUUCCAUGCCUCGAGCCCUGUUCAAAUCUACUGACUAUAAGAUGGACCAUCUCAAAAGAGGAAGGGCCCUUAUUAUCAACAAUAUGACCUAUGCUGAUGUUCGACAGAGACCAAUGCGAGACGAUUCGAUCAAAGACGCCUCAGCCGUGGCAAACUUACUGGAGAAUUUGCUGUUUGAGCCAGUUACCCAGAGCUGUGGUAAAAAGGACAUCGUUGUCAACGACGUAACAUCAGUGCACCUGGAGAAGCUUAUUCGUGAUGCGACCAAUCCUGCACUGAAUGACUACAGUGAUUAUGACUGUUUUGUACUGGUCGUCCUCAGUUACGGAAUAGAUGGCGCUGUAAUGUGUCCUGACAGUACAACUGAUAAACUGAUUCCUGUUGAACAAAUCAUAGAGCCAUUCAAAGCCGACAAAUGUCCGUCCUUGGCCAUGAAGCCCAAACUUUUCUUCAUGCAGUUGUGUCCAGCCUUCACUUACAAUAUAGCUGACUCUCUAACUGGGAGUGGUGCGACCUCAACAGAACCAGAGCUCCGCAAGAUUCCCACAGAUUCUGACAUACUUGUUCAGAUUUCUACAUUACCAGGUACAUAUGGUUGGUAUGAGGAUGACGAUGCAUUGUCUUGGUACAUUGAGGGAUUAAAAGAAACGUUACAGAAAAACUGUUAUGAUCCCUUACGGAGAGGUCAAAAGUCACGAGAAAUUUACGACAUCCUUCUCCACGUAAACAGACUUUAUCUUGAUAAACUCAGAGAGCAAGGAAUCUGCCCCAGCAAGAGUUAUUCAGCGCCUGCAGUGACAUCCACUCUGACAAAAGACCUGUAUUUUUUGCCAAAAAAGAAUGAGGGUUCAAGGAUGUACUAAUUUCUUUUUUUAAACCAUGCUUUUUAGCUCACCUGAGCUGAAGGCUCAAGUGAGCUUUUCUGAUUAAAAUUUGUCAGCUGUCUGUUGUCCUUAUCAUUGGCGUCGUCAUUGUCGAAAACUUUCUGAAAACAUCCAGUUUUUAGGGUAAUAAAACCAGAACUGUACCCUCUUUGCUCAAACCAUGACCCCGGGGGUAGAGUGGGACCACAAAGGGUGAUCAAAAUGAUCAGGAAUGUAUAGGAAAAAUCAAUAAUAAUCUUUUCUCAAGAACAAGAAAGCCAUGAUUAGUCAUUUUUAUAUAAAAGUAUUCUUAGGUAAUGUAUAUUCAAAUUUGUUCAAAUCAUGAUGUCCCAGGAGUAGAGAGGGGCCAUAACAGUGGAUCAAAGUUAUACAAAGAAAUAUAUAGGAAAAGUCAUUACAAAUCCUCUUAAGAAUAGCAAAGCAUGAUUAGUCAUAUUAAUUCAGAACUAUCAUCAGGUAGUGUAGAUUCAAGUUUGUUCAAAUCAUGUUCUCCGGGGAUAGGGUAGGGGCACAAUAGAGAUCAAACGUAUAGAAAAAAUUUUUUUUGAAAAAUCUUCUAAAGCAAUGAGUCAAAAAAGUAAAAAAAAUAUGGAAGCAUGCUCAGUUAGUGUAGAUUCAAAUGUGAACAAAUCAUCCUUCCCCUCUUUCCCCCGGGUGGGGUAAUACUGAAUUGAUUUUUGCUUUUUCUUAGCCAAUGUGCUUAGGUGAGCGAUGUGACCCAUAGGCCUCUUGUUUAUGAAUACUUGUAUGUUGGCAGCAACAUACUGUGCUUUGAUGAAUUUUUCAAAGUUGUUACCAUAAUACAUGUAGACAGAAUUAAUGUUUGUUGUUGUUAAUUUCAUGAUAUCAAUUUUGUUAAAAGUUAGUUACAUGUACAUAUACAUAUGUGUAAAUAUUUACAUUUACAACUGUUUUUUAUGUAAUAACUCUUCAAAAGUUAAGCAUGUUGGUUUCUCAGUAUUUACAACUGAAUGCAAAUUUCACCAAGUGAAAGGCCAAGUGCUAAAUUUGCAUGUAAAUUUCACUGGCUGUUAUUUGGCAUAACCUCAGUGGACAGGGACUGUGGAAAUAAACAUGGAAUGCAUCGUGUAUUUCAUAUCUAUUAGACAGCAUUUAUUAUUAUAACUCCCCCCCCCCCCCAGGCUUGAAAAGCGGGGGUUAUAUAGUGGUGGAGGUGUCCAUGGGUCUGUCUAGCUGUACUUGCGUCCAUCUGUUAUGCAUUGGGGUACCCAUCUCUUUUCCGCAUUUCCUUUUUUUGUCACUAAAUAAACUUUCAUGUAACUUUCACAGAAACUAUUACAUACUGCCAUUGUGCACCUCCUAUUUUACUUUUUGAUUGGACAUAUAUUUCGAGUUUCCCAUGGCAAAAUGUGGACACUGUCAUUCUUUCAAUGAUAUUGGGGGUACCCAUCUCUUAUCCGCAGGUUCUCCUAUACCACUGAAUAAAAUUUAGCGAUACUUUCAAAGAAUCUUUUUUUGCACAGUGCCAUUGUGCACCUCUAAUUUUACUUUUUGAUUGGACACAUAUUCCAGGGUCAGGGGUUCUGAAAUGUGGGAGGGGGAAAUCUUUAUUGAUUAUAUAGUGGUUAUAUAGUAAAGUGCAUUAUAUCUUCUCUGCUCCUGGGUAUGAAGCAAAACAAAGUAAGUGCAUAGUUGUGUCUUUUCCAAAAUUGUGAAUUUCAUGGCCUUUGGACCAGCGGGGUGUGGUAUUAGGCCAGGGUUCCAUUGAUUAUAUGGUGAAAAUGAAUUAAUUCUUUGAAAAUCUCUGCUCCUGAGUAAUACGCAGGUAAACUAAUUGCAUGGUUUUGAUGAGCAAGUGUGCUCCUUCCAAAAUUAUGAAAUUUGUGGCCCCAGAGUAAGGGUUCAUGUGUGUGUCACUGUGUGUGUAAAGGGGGCUGUAUUGAUAAUGUUAAAGAAAUGCAUUUCUUUGGAAAUUUCUUCUCCUUGGCAUUAAACAAACAAACUCUAUGCAUAGUUAUAAUGCUCUUCUAAAACUGCAAAUUACAUGUACAUGGCCUCUGGGUCAGGGAUUUUGAUGUUAGGGCAGGGUUCUAUUGAUUUUACAGUAAAAGUGCAUUAUUUCUUAGAAAAUCUUCUCAGCUCCUUGUUAUUUAGCAAAUAAACUAAGUGUGUGGUUAUGAUGAGCAUUGUGCUUCUACAAAUAUUAUGAAUUUCAUGGCCCCUGGGCCAGGGGUUCUGGUGUUAGGGCAGGGCUCUAUAGUGAAAAUGCAUAGAUUCUUUAAAUAUCUUUUUCUCCGACUCUGGGUAUUUAGUGGACAAAUUAAUUGCAUGGUUACGAUGAGAAAGGAUGCCUCUUUUCAUAAUAAAGAAAUUCUUAGCCCCUGGAAUAUGAUAUGAAAAGCUUCAUUUGAAUUCCAAGCAGUCAAAUAUUUUUGAGAAUGUUUUAAAUUUAUAACACCCCCCCCCCCCCAAAAAAAGAAAGAAAAGCUGCUUUAACUGUAUUGAUACUUCUGGGACAAAAGCAGUGUCAUUUCAAAGAUGAGGCAAAUUUUGUGGAUUAAAAAUCAAAAUACAGAGUAGGCCUUUGCAUUUAAAAGAAAGAAAAAGAAAAGACCAACAAGAAUACUGUUCCAAUUAGUUUUUUUUUUUUCAAGCCCGUGCGCUCUGCCUCCAUCUUAAUAUUAAUCAUUAUGUUAAAUCAAUAUAUGUAGAUUAAAUGAAUAUUAUCUAUUUCUAGACUUUAAAGGUAUUGUAACAUCUGAUAUAAUGUAAUAUACGUGUAUAAAAAAUAAAAUGAAAUGUUAGAU